AUGAUGAUGGAUGGAUUAGAAUUUGGGUAUCACCCAAAAUACGGUUUUGCCUUAUUCGCAACUCGUGAUUUCCAAAAAGGAGAAAUUCUCUUGUCUGAAAAACCUCUUAUAGUUUCCCAAACCCUAACCUCUAAACGCGACAAAGCUUUCGCUUAUACUUAUGAUAUUGACUUGGAUGUCUUCUCAACCUUUAAAGCAUUCUUUGACUCUUCAAUAGAAAUACAAAAUAUCAUUUUAAAUAAUUUCUAUCUUCCAUCAACUCCAGAAUUAAUGGAUACCGCUUGGUCGCAAGUCGGAUCUACUCGUUUAGACAGAAUCAUCGACAUUUGUCAAAAACACAUUCGGGAAUGGUCAGAUGUUAAUCGAGACACGUUUAAGAGAGUGUUUUUAGUAUUUACCUUUAAUUCACAUGCUUUUGGAUCGGAUAAUUCACCUGCUAUUUUUGCGAUUGGAAGUAAAAUGAACCAUUCUUGUGAAGCAAAUACAUUUUAUCAAUCUAUUGAUAAUCAAGUUGGCAUUCAUACGGUCGCUAAGAAAAUUCGAAAAGGCGAUCAAAUAACUACCAAUUAUCUUGGGAAAGAUACAAUUUUCUCAACUAAUUCAAGACAAAAAAUUCUCCAAAAAACGAAAUUAUUUCAAUGCGAUUGUUCACGAUGCACAGAGAAAUUGGACAUAUCACGGGGACUUCCUUGUCCAAAUUGCUCAAUUGUGAAAGAAAAAGACAUAGAGCAUGAAACAAUCGCUUUUAAUGAAAGACUAAACGAGAUUAAUUUUGUGAAUAAAUCACAAUUACUGGAUCUACAUGAUGCUUGCAUAGGUCAGCUCGGGACUCGUCAUUGGACGUACAUUCUAAUUCUCAAAAUGUUAAUACUUUUGGAUACAACACAAUUAUCGAACGGAAAAUAUGAUAAUAAAUCGUCCCUAGUUAAAAAUUUUGAUAAUGUAUUGAAUUGGUAUGAAAAAGGUGAAUUUGAUAUUCCAAGAUACUUAGGUUCAUUUACUUUGCACAUUGCAAGAGUUCUUUUUUGCAUUGAGGAUUAUUAUAAUAGUUUGCGUUUUCUUGAAAGAGUUUUUAAGAAUUUUCCUUAUGAUAAAACAUUUUCACAUGAGUACAAAGAAGUCAUUAACCUAAUGGAAAGAUGUCGUAUGGCAUUGGAUGAAUCUGUUUCUGGUCAAGAAAAUGAAUUACAUAUGAAACCAAGUUGUGAAUUGCUUCAAACUGAAUUGUAA